AUCAGUGAGUUGGCACUUCCGUCAGUUGUGGUUGAUUCAGUCAGUCGAGCAUUUUAACAAUGUGAGGGCAAAUGCGGAAACUCGCUGAAAUUCGUUGCCGAAUUCACCCUGUAAGUUGAACUUUGUCGCCAUCUAGUUCCUGUGAAGUUAUUUAAACAGAAAUAGCGAUGUUUUGACAAGCAUAGUGCGAAGAGACGAAGUUACUGUUUGAUAUUCUAUGGGCAAUCUCUUAUCGCGACCCCGAGGUCGCCUAAAGUUGACGAAACGCUUUCCUUUUGUGAGUAUAUUGAACUUAAAUGAUGUUGAACAAGAUAGUCGAAAGAAUGAUGGUGGAUCGCCUGGAGAUGACGAUAAGCUUAUAUAUGUCGCGUUGUACGAUUACAAAGCAAGAACAGAUGACGAUCUCAGUUUCCAGAAGGGCGAAAAGAUGGAAAUCAUCAAUAACAAAGACGGUGGAUGGUGGGAAGCUAAAUCGCUAAUGUCUGGUGAAACGGGAUACGUUCCAAGCAACUACAUCGCUCCUUCUACGUCUUUGCAAACUGAAGACUGGUAUUUUGGCACACUGAAGCGAUGUGACGCUGAAAAACUUUUAAUAAAUCACGGCAGCCAUGGCUCGUUUAUCAUUCGGGACAGUGAAGCGUAUCCAGGGGGGUUUUCGCUUUCGCUGCGUGACCACGAGAGCAUUAAACACUACCGUAUUCGUAAGCUCGACAGGGGGGGAUAUUUCAUCGCGAAAAACGAGACCUUCCGGACGCUACAGGAACUUGUAAGCUUUUACCGAGUGGAAGUUACCGGAUUGUGUACAAGACUUGUAAAAGCGUGUCCACAUAUAGAUGUACCAACGACCAUUGGUCUCUCGCACGAUACCGACGACAAAUGGGAGAUCCCACGUGACUCGAUUCGUCUUCUCAAUAAACUUGGUCAGGGUCAGUUCGGCGAGGUUUGGCAGGGUCUCUGGAACGGGACGACCGCUGUUGCCGUGAAGACCCUCAAAGCGGGCACGAAUGCGACCAAAGAUAGUGCCCAGGCUUUCUUGCAGGAGGCGCAGAUCAUGAAGAAACUGAAACAUCCGAAACUUGUUCAACUUUACGCGGUCUGUACCAAAGGCGAUCCUAUUUAUAUUAUCACGGAGCUCAUGACCAACGGUAGUCUUCUCGAGUACCUGCAGAGUGAUAAAGGUAAAAGACUUCAGCUACCGCAUCUGAUCGACAUGGCUGCACAGGUGGCCAAAGGCAUGGCGUACUUGGAAAAAUGCCAAUAUAUACAUCGUGAUCUCGCGGCGAGAAAUGUCCUAGUCGGCGACAAAAACAUUGUGAAGAUUGCCGACUUCGGAUUGAGUCGUAUUAUUGACGAGAACGAGUAUGUAGCACACGAAGGUGCAAAGUUUCCCAUAAAAUGGACUGCGCCCGAGGCAGCGAUGUAUCAUAAGUUCACGAUAAAGUCCGACGUAUGGUCGUUCGGCAUUUUAUUGACGGAACUCAUUACGCGUGGGCGCACCCCGUACGCGGGCAUGGCCAACGCGGAAGUUUUAAGGAACGUGGAAGCGGGCUAUCGCAUGCCACAAAUGAAAAAUUGUCCAGAAACUCUGUAUGCAAUAAUGCUGGAAUGCUGGAAAGUUGAACCUGAUGAUAGGCCGACCUUUGAAACGCUUCAAUGGCAGCUUGAAGAUUUUUUCACGAUGGACAAAACUGAUUACUCGGAAGCACAUUGACGUUAAACGUCGUGUCUUAAUAUUUGAUGCUAUAUAUCUCAAUACACUAAUUUCUAGUUAGAUUUAAUGAUAUGAUGCACAGCAAUUGCUAAAAGUGUAAAAUCAAUGCGGAAGUAUCGCAAGUGAUCUGAUAAACGCCCCAUGUCAAAUACACACAACUCAAAGAAAAUAAACUCUUUACAGAGUAAUAAAAAUGAAGUCAGAAUCCAACAUCAACCGAAAAAACUUUUUGUUUAGAAAGCUAGAAGUGUUUAGGUCAAUGUCUCCAUUUAUAUAAGAACCUGUUUAGGCUAACUUAAAUAAAUCUAACUUCUUAUAUGUGGGUUUUACUGUAUUUAGUAAUAGUUUUCUGUUAGUUUUUCGCACUUAAAUGAUAGAAUUAUAAAUUAAUGAUAAAAACGUCUUUCUCUAUUAAACGCCUCGCAUCUGUAACGAUCCCCUUGAAUUUUUUGAACGCCUGGGCGUUUAUUAGAUCUUCGACAGUAUAGGUAUGUGCGAACUUGUCCUUCCUGUUUUUAUGAUGUUUGAAAUUAAUAGUGAACUGAAGCAAGGAACGUUUGGGUAGCGGUAGUUUAAAGCUUGAACGAAAAUUGCUUUGAAUCUUCUACCACAAUUUUUGUACUUUGAAAUUUUAUCUACUUUGAAAAUCUAUCCAAUUUUUCCCACUGCAAUUUUCUACAUGUCGCGUGCAGAUUUGACAGCGUGGUGCGUUUUUUAGGUUAUUUCAGUUUAUAAAUAAGUUCCUGUAAUAGUUGAAAAAUAAUACUGUUUACGAUCAUCAUAUGGAGAUUUUACAUUUGAAAAGGCAGUUUAAAACAAUAGUAUCCGCUGCUUUGUUAUUUUUCAAAUGCAAGCUCGUUAUCAUUAACGAAGCCAGCUCGUUUUUUACUUCUACAAUUCAAAUACCUUUGUGUUCAAUCACUGAAAAAAGGAUGAAUGGAUUAAAUUUCCGAAAGAAGUGAAUAGUUUUGCUGAAAAAUUUGCAUUAUAAGAGUAAAACAUCGGGUUGGCUUCGCCCACUGCUCGUUAUGUGAUCGCGCUUAAUUAUGGUAGCUAUGACCAUUUCUGAAUGGGCCGCUUUCCGUAAAUCUCUUGUCCAAUUGAAAUGUUAGAAAAUGAACUAUGAACUUUAACUAUAGAUAUAUCAAACAUUUGUUUCGCCACUAUAUCUUGUCAAAAAUGUCAAAUGUUAUUUUUCAUUUAUCAUGUAUUUUCUUUUAUGGUUGGUCAAAAUAGAGCCGCCUGAUACAUCAUGUUUGCUUUCCAAGAAUUGCCAAUUUUAGAUGAAAUGACAUUACCUCAAUUCCAUAUUCGUGCGUUUUUUACCGUGAACACCUUCACCGUUCCAAGGCCUUUGUAGUAGAGCGUCAUGGCUGCCAUAAUUACUGCGAAUAUUACAGUGGGCACCUUUUGACCAAUAAGAACAGAAAACGCAUGUUGAAUGAAUGAUUGAAAUAAUUAUUGCAAAUGAUGAUAAUGAGAUGUAUUAGAUGAAGUAGUAGAAAUAAAAUAGAAAGAACUGCAUUAUAUGCUCUUAAA